CCUGACGACUCACGAGCUGGGUGUGAUUCGGAUCAGAGAGACAGUCUCCCUUCUGCAUCAACAACCACACACACCGUCUAUGGAGGCAGGCCGCAUGAGACUUGAGCCUUGAGGGCUGUGGACUCUCUUGAGUCUUGACGCUUCCGUCAACAAAGUUGUCUUUCGUGCACAAAUUCAGGGUCGUCAACAUCAGGCUAGGUUGAGCUAGUUGUCUGAUCAGAUUAGUCUUGAGCAGUUUGCCGCUGAUUGUGGACCAUAGCAGUGGACAAUAGCCCACCAGAAGUACGUAGUCGGCGCAGGGUUUGCAAUACAAAAGAACAAACUAGCCAGGAGACAGGGAAACUCUCCGGUUUCCAAGCCUUCUUGUAGCCGAACCUGCCAAAGCGAUACCGUUGGACGCAGAACAAGCCUGCUGUUCAAAUCAACAUAGUCAACAAUCUCGAGGGGAGCAUAUUCUGCAAGCAUACUGAAGCUUGGGAACUUAAGCAACAUGCGAAGGACAGGCCGCUGCAAUGAUUUGACAGACUCAGAUAUCCAUGCUUUUACGACGUCAACGCUGCAUCUAAUUCCAACCCUGAGUGCACCUGCAUCUGAGAGUGAUCAAAGAAGCAGACUGACAGAGCCCCAUUCUGGGGUCUCUGUUCGUAGCGCUAGGGAGUAGAUUGCUUUCCCUGGUUUUGCAAUGGCAUUUGGAAGGCAAGCAGCAGCUUAUGGCGAUGAAAACAAGAGAGUUGAAGGCAAGGGUGCAGUGGGCAAGGGGGCAACUCGGGUGCCUUUGGGUGCGGCGGUAGGCAACAAUGGAAGGCGGGCUCUUGGAGACAUUGGCAACCUUGUGGGGGCCAUGCCCAGCAAUGCUGGAGGAGGAAGUCAGAAGCAGGGAGCCUUGGCGGAAAGAGCUGCCUACAAACGUGGGCUGGGAGCUGUCAACGACAAGCCAACCACCAGGCUAGCAGCCAAAUCUGCCGCCGCCGCUGCCUCCGAUGCCCCUGCCGCUGCUGCAGCUGCUCCCCCCCUCCCAAGCAACUGGGGCGCCCACCGCCGUCGCGACCUCAUCACCAAGCCCCGCAAUGACCUGGCUCCAGAGGGCGGUGCGCCCAGCGGGACAGGCCGCAGCAGCGGGGUGUCGGAGCGUGACCCGCUGGCCAGCAUCAAUAGCAACUCGCUGCAUCCAGGGGCCGCUGCUGCGCGCAUGGCCAAGCAGGUGGAGGCGCGUGUGCUGCGCAAGAAGAAGCUGGGCACUCAUGAGCAGAGCACCACGAGCAAGCUGCUGGCGCAGAGUGCGGCCGUCAGCGGCAACGCGGAUGCCGAGAUGGAGGAUGCGGACGAGGCCCUCCCAGACAUUGACUCCGCAGACCAGAGGGACCCGCUGUGUGUCACGCAGUACGUCGAGGACAUCUACGCCUUUUACAAACGGACAGAGGGGCAGAGCUGCGUGAGCCCGCAGUACAUGGGGCGGCAGGCGGACAUCAACGACAAGAUGCGCGCGAUCCUGGUGGACUGGCUCGUGGAGGUGCACCUCAAGUUCAAGCUCACCCCCGAGACGCUCUUCCUGACCACCAACCUCAUCGACCGCUUCCUGGCGCUGCACCCCGUCACGCGCAAGCACCUCCAGCUCGUGGGCGUCACCGCCAUGCUCAUCGCGUCCAAGUACGAGGAGAUCUGGGCGCCCGAGGUCAAGGACUUCGUCUACAUCUCCGACAAUGCGUACGACAAGGACCAGAUCCUCGCCAUGGAGAAGCUGAUGCUCAACACGCUCAAGUUCAACCUGACAGUGCCCACCCCGUACGUGUUCAUGUGCCGCUACCUCAAGGCUGCCGCAGCAGACAAGCAGCUGGAGACGACGGCCUUCUUCCUGGUGGAGCUGUGCCUGGUCGAGUACGCCUUCUUGCGCUUCACGCCCUCCCUGCUGGCCGCCGCGGCUGUGCACACGGCCCUCAAGACGCUCAACCGCACGCCAUGGUCGCCAGCGCUCCACAAACACUCAGGGUACUCGGAAACGGCACUCAGGUCUUGUUCGUUCCUAAUGUCGUCAAUACACCGGAAGUCUGCAACGGCCAGCUUGACUGCGGUGGUGAAAAAGUAUAGCAGCAGCAAGCUGUACUGUGUUGCUCUUCUGCCACCUUGUCCGGAGUCCCCUAUUGACGACACGUGUUCUAGCUCCGAUUAGAAGAGCUGCAUUCGACACGCUCCCAAGAAUUGGGAUUGCCACCACCAGCCGGUGGUUAGAAAUGAGAUAAGGUAUCCUAAGAGUGUACACAACUUGUGACCAAUCAGAGGAUAACGGUUUUCAGCUUCUUUGCCCGUCAGACUUGAGACCACCUUGUUUUGAGUUGGCCUUAAACCUAGACCAUAUGCAGGGUCGAAAAGUGAGGAUUGUUUCGGACUAGGUAUACUAAGGUGCAAAUCCUUGACCUUGCAUCAAAAUGGGGUCCGUGUCUGAACAUUCAUUCACGGCCCGAAGUCAAAUGCUUGAUGGCAUGCAAC